AUGGUGGUGGAAAUCAGCAAUCUGGUCUCGAGUAAAUUCUUCGAAAACGAGGACAUUGAAACGGAAUUCGCAGAGCUGGAAGUGCGUGCUGUGUCCGAUACUUACCCUACAAUUGCAUGGAAACGCAAGGUUCAAGCAUCCUACGAUCCCCAGCGAGAUCUUUUCAUUCCUUGCGAGUUGACGGAAUAUCGAGAACGAAUAUUGGUAGUGUAUUACGACGCCAAAGAAAUAGUCAAACACAUUCAGGAUCGGUCGCUUGACACUAUAAUACGGCGAGUGAUUGCCCGGGCCCAAACUGAAAAUUCGUCGGUUGAGUUUCACGUCAUUAUUCUCGUCGAUGGCUACGACCAGUACCUUGCAAAAAUACGAAAUGAAGAGAACAAACGCUACAAAGCCCGAGUACUUGGCCAGCCCAGUUUGGGAACCUUGAACCAUCAGCUAGGAGAGAAAGAAUUGACGGUUAAAGACGUAGAGUCAAUGGUUCAAGAAACCCAAAUUCGUCUUGAGGUGAAUAUAUUCCCCGUCCGCAACGGGAAAGAAGCUCUUACUUGGCUCAAUUCGUUCACAUACACUAUAGCAGGACGGAUCUACGACAAGUACGAACGUACUUCUUUGGGAACCUUGGGAACUGUUCGUUCGGGAACUGGAAGCCGGUCUACAUUCGUACAAAGUAUGCGUCAAUUUCGUUUCAUGACAGAGCCAAAAGCCGAACGUCUUCUCGAACACUAUCCAAGUUUGUCACGAAUAUGCGAGCAACUCAAUAACCAUGGCACUUUGGGGCACAGGAUUCUAACGGAAAAAACAUCGUUCCGCCUUUCCGUGAAUGCAGCAAAUGAAGGUGUUGUUCACGUCCAACGAUCCUGA